AUGGUAAGCAAAAGACAAAUUGGCCAAAGGGCAAUUUGUGUAGAGGAGAAUUUGGCAUGUGGACAAUUUUGCAAAGACAUUUUGUCCACGGAACAUAUUGGUCCGGAAGAAAUCAUGGAUAAUUGA